AGUCCUAGGGAGCUAGUAGAACUCAUGAUGGUGGUGGUGGUAUGGGCGGGUGUUGAGCCAGUUAGUGAGGUUGCUGACAUGACCGUGAGCCUUGAGAGAUACCACAGAGAUGCUCCCUGCAGUACCAUCUACGAGGAGAACAAGCUGGGAAGAGCAAACACCCCUGACGUCAGAUAGCUGGGAAUAAAUCAUGGUGAUGUCUUCCACUUCAGAGAAGUUCGUGCUCCUCAAGCCACAUUCCAGCCCCAUCUUGCUGCUUAGUUCCCUGCUUUCCGCUUUCCUUUUUGCCUGCAGUGUCGUCUGCCCCACCUUACCCUGCCUCAUCCCUACUCCUCACCUUAGUUCUCAGAGAUGACUCCUCCGGGAAGCCCUCUCUGAUCCCCCAGGCUGUCUGUGUUCCCCCAUUCCAGCCCUGGUUACCUUGUUAAAGUGUGGGGGAAAGGAGGGAGGACAUCUUCAAACCAAGAAUAUAAUAGAAUGAAACUGAGUAUGUAUUCGCUACUCAGAUGAUCUGGACAGAUGCCGGUAGACCGAAACCCAGUGAAUGGGAUCGAUUCUCUCGGGCCUCUUCCUGCCAUGUUUUGUUCUUGGUACUCGGCGAUCCUCAGCGAUGCCUCCGGCGCCGCCUCUCCCGGAGCCCGCCCCCCCGCAUUGCCGUGCGCACGCGCAUUAUCCCGAUUGACUUCGCCCCAGUGGAGUGACGGGCGGGAUCAGCCAAUGGAGUCGUGACGAAGGUGGAGCAGCACCUCGAGGACGCCCUGCGGAUCCUGCCUCGACUGAAUAUUCAUGAGGGAGGCGGGCCGACGCCGCUUCAAGCCGCGACCGGCGCCAUGAAGCUCAACGUGGACGGGCUGCUGGUCUACUUCCCAUACGACUACAUCUACCCGGAGCAGUUCUCCUACAUGCUGGAGCUCAAACGCACGCUGGAUGCCAAGGGUCAUGGGGUCCUGGAGAUGCCCUCAGGCACUGGGAAGACAGUGUCCCUGUUGGCCCUGAUCAUGGCGUACCAGCGGGCGUACCCACUGGAGGUGACUAAACUCAUCUACUGCUCGAGGACUGUGCCUGAGAUUGAGAAGGUGAUUGAAGAGCUUCGAAAGUUACUCAACUUCUAUGAGAAACAGGAGGGCGAGAAGCUGUCGUUUUUGGGGCUGGCUCUGAGCUCCCGAAAGAACCUGUGUAUUCAUCCCGAGGUGACGCCCCUGCGCUUUGGGAAGGAUGUCGACGGAAAAUGCCACAGCCUCACGGCCUCCUACAUAAGGGCACAGUACCAGCGGGACCCCAGCCUGCCCCACUGCCGCUUCUACGAGGAAUUUGAUGUCCAUGGGCGCCAGGUGCCCCUCCCCGCUGGCAUCUACAACCUGGACGACCUGAAGGCCAUGGGGCAGCGCCAGGGCUGGUGCCCAUACUUCCUUGCCCGAUACUCAAUCCUGCACGCCAACGUGGUGGUCUACAGCUACCACUACCUCCUGGACCCCAAGAUUGCCGACCUGGUGUCCAAGGAGCUGGCCCGCAAGGCCGUCGUCGUCUUCGACGAGGCCCACAACAUUGACAAUGUCUGCAUCGACUCCAUGAGUGUCAACCUCACCCGCCGGACCCUGGAUCGGUGCCAGGGCAACCUGGAGACCCUGCAGAAGACGGUGCUCAGGAUCAAGGAGACGGACGAGCAGCGUCUGCGGGACGAGUACCGGCGCCUGGUGGAGGGGCUGCGGGAGGCCAGCGCCGCCCGGGAGACCGACGCCCACCUGGCCAACCCCGUGCUGCCCGACGAGGUGCUGCAGGAGGCGGUGCCAGGCUCCAUCCGCACGGCCGAGCACUUCCUGGGCUUCCUGCGGCGGCUGCUGGAGUACGUCAAGUGGCGGCUGCGCGUGCAGCACGUGGUGCAGGAGAGCCCGCCCGCCUUCCUGAGCGGCCUGGCCCAGCGCGUGUGCAUCCAGCGCAAGCCCCUCAGGUUCUGCGCCGAGCGCCUCCGCUCCCUCCUGCACACCUUGGAGAUCGCGGACCUCGCUGACUUCUCCCCUCUCACCCUCCUGGCUAACUUCGCCACGCUCGUCAGCACCUACGCCAAGGGUUUCACCAUCAUCAUUGAGCCCUUUGACGACAGGACCCCAACCAUCGCCAACCCCAUCCUGCACUUCAGCUGCAUGGACGCCUCGCUGGCCAUCAAACCCGUGUUCGAGCGCUUCCAGUCCGUCAUCAUCACAUCUGGGACGCUGUCCCCGCUGGACAUCUACCCCAAGAUCCUGGACUUCCACCCCGUCACCAUGGCAACCUUCACCAUGACAUUGGCUCGGGUCUGCCUCUGCCCCAUGAUCAUUGGCCGUGGCAAUGACCAGGUGGCCAUCAGCUCCAAAUUUGAGACCCGGGAAGAUAUCGCGGUGAUCCGGAACUACGGAAACCUCCUGCUGGAGAUGUCCGCUGUGGUGCCCGAUGGCAUCGUGGCCUUCUUUACCAGCUACCAGUACAUGGAGAGCACCGUGGCCUCCUGGUAUGAGCAGGGCAUCCUCGAGAACAUCCAGAGGAACAAGCUGCUCUUUAUUGAGACCCAAGAUGGGGCUGAGACCAGUGUGGCCCUGGAGAAGUACCAGGAGGCCUGCGAGAACGGCCGUGGGGCCAUCCUGCUCUCGGUGGCCCGAGGCAAAGUGUCUGAGGGAAUUGACUUUGUGCACCACUACGGCCGGGCCGUCAUCAUGUUCGGGGUGCCCUACGUCUACACGCAGAGCCGCAUUCUCAAGGCGCGACUGGAAUACCUUCGGGACCAGUUUCAGAUUCGAGAGAACGACUUUCUGACCUUCGACGCCAUGCGCCACGCGGCUCAGUGUGUGGGUCGGGCCAUCAGGGGCAAGACUGACUAUGGCCUCAUGGUCUUCGCCGACAAGCGGUUUGCCCGGGCCGACAAGCGGGGGAAACUGCCCCGCUGGAUCCAGGAGCACCUCACCGACGCCAACCUCAACCUGACCGUUGACGAGGGGGUCCAGGUCGCCAAGUACUUCCUGAGGCAGAUGGCACAGCCAUUCCACCGGGUGAGCCCGCGGCGCCUAAGCUCCUCUUCCGGGAAGGGCCCUUGGCUUUCUCCCCGAGCCCCCGACAGAGGGGUUUGUGUGCGCCCGCGCGCCGGGCCUGGGAACUGGAACUGCGGGGAGAGUCGAGGGCUACAGACGGAGCGUGUGUCUCCGGUGGGAGCCCCGAGCCGGCCGUGGGCCUCUCCUUCUGUAGCUUGGACACAACUCUGGCUGCCGCCUCCCUCCCUCGGCCCAUCUUCUGGUGACAGGGACGGGAUGCCCUGGGUUAUACGGGUGUUUUGAAAUUCAGGCAUCCUGACCUGUAGCCCCCCGAGCGGGCCACCUGUCCCGACUGAGUUGUGGACCGCUGUGUUAGGAAGUGCGGCAGCUGACACCACUCCCCCCCCCACCCCC